AGAGAAAGUUUGGUGGUGGCAGUGGCAGAGAGGUGGUGGUGGUGGUGGUGGUUGGAACGAUGGUGAUGGUGGGGCGAGUCGAACACGUGCGCGUGAAAAUUCACGUCGUCACGUAAGCGUGGCGUAGGUGGCUUGGUAGGUGGAAAGGUAGAAAGGGAGAAGGCGAGAUACGAAGAGACAAUACGAGGGAGAGAGAAAGAGAGAAAGUGAGAGAGAGAGGGGUUGAAAUAGAAAAGCGAAUGGAAGGAGAAUGACAGAGAAGAGAGACGACCAAUGCAGAGAGAAAGAGGGAAAGAGAGAAUGAGAGAGAGAGAGAGAGAGAGAGAGAGAGAGAUGGGGAUAGAGUGAGAGAGCGAGAGAGAUAGUGUGAAGGCGAGAUAAGGAAGAGGCGGAGGGUGAAAGGUACCCACGACUCGGUUCGAGCAAGCAGGCAGGCAAGCAGGCAGCCCCUUUCGCAAGGCAGGCGACCCCCUAAGCCUGGUUAGGGGCGAAGGCGGCGAGCCGCGGAGGCCACAACACGACCGCCGUCCUCAUUGGUCGACGCGCUUGCCCUGGGUGGGGCUCCGGAAAAAUUGGAGGGGAGAAAAAUCCCCUCUAAAUAGCUGCGGCUGCGGCCACGAAAAACUAGAAUCCGCUCAGCCGGCAUCGAGUGCGCGUCGCGAUCAACUCAACUUUUACGCUUUUACCCGUGGUACGCUCUCUCCGAAAAGGGGGAAGAAGAUACGAGUAUAGAGUAUAGUGUUUGGGAAAACGGAGAGAGGAAGAGAUAUAUAUAUACGCACAUACAUACAUAUGUAUAUAUUCCUGUACGUACAUAUGUAUAUGUACAUGUACAUAUGUAAAGCGUGAAAAAGACACGCGACACACUGGAUAUACUCUGUGUUUCUUUUCAUUUGUCUUUAUCCGUUUCAUAUUCAGUUAUAUAAUAUUAUUGUUAAUAAUAAUAGUUAUUAUUGUUCUAAAAACAAUAAUAACUGCAACAACAAUCGUAAUAUUACUAAAAAUAUAAUCAUAAUAAUAAUAAUAAUAAUAAUAAUAAUAAUAAUAAUAAUAAUAAUAAUAAUAAUACAUAGUAGGAAGAUUAAGUGUUGAAAAGUGUGAAUUCGAUGGACUGUGUAAAAAAAAGGAAAACUACAGGGUGUUUUUAUCAAGGAUAACCGUGUUACGCGAAAGAAGAAGAACCGUAUAGAACUUUCAAAAGUUCGCGCUACGCGGCAAACGAUCGAACUAGGAUCCACAAAGAUGCAUCUACCGGACGGACCUUUAGGGAUCGACAGCUUCAGCGCGAUUCGCGAAACUCUCGGCGCUUGUCACGGUGAACUCGUACAGACCGGAAGUCCAGCGAUACUUUGUAGCGCGUUACCAUCGCAUUGGAGGUCGAACAAGUCCCUUCCUGUGGCGUUCAAGGUCGUUGCACUCGACGAGGUCAACGACGGCACGUUGGUCACGAUCAGGGCAGGAAACGAUGAGAACUGUUGCGGCGAACUUAGGAACUGCACGGCGGUCAUGAAGAAUCAGGUUGCCAAGUUCAACGAUCUGAGAUUCGUCGGUCGUAGCGGCAGAGGUAAAUCCUUCUCAUUGACAAUACAAAUCAGUACGGUACCUUUCCAAAUUGCUACAUACAACAAGGCGAUCAAAGUAACCGUGGACGGACCAAGAGAGCCCAGAUCUAAAUCAAAUUAUCAGUAUGGACCUGGAUUCCAUGGACUUGGUUUACUCAAUCCGUGGUUGGAUGCCGCUUAUUUGGGCCACGCCUGGCACUUUUCUCAUCCUGCAUUGGUCAAAGGAACACUUCCAAUACCACCAACGGAUUUAUUUCCACCAUCGUUCCCACCAACGACCGUACUACCCACAACUUAUCCCUUUGAUCACAUGAAAUAUCCAACGGAAUAUACGACGUUACAUGGGAAAACAAUGUCGACUAUUUCGACUACGACGACGACGACAGCCUCAACGAUACCAAACAGUCCAUCAAGAACACCACCGAGAAGUCCGAGCGAAUCCGAGAGCGAGGUAACAGCCGAGGAAGUUCGUAGCAGUGCCUUCGUCCCGAUUAGGCUGAACACCCUACCAUCUCACCAGUCUGUCACAACAAACCCGUCCUCGUCUUCUCCAGAAAGGAUCACGCUCAGAGCGAAACCGACGGAAGGUGUGAAGAACGAAUUAAAAGCACCGACGGCACUAAUUUCUCAAAGAAUUUCACCAAAGAGAAUCUCAUCGCCGACCAAGAUAUCCUCGUCUACCCCAGCGAAACCCGUUUGGAGGCCUUACUAAAAUCCUUAGACGAGAGGGAAAGGAAGAAAGUGAGGAGAAAAAGAUCAAAACACACAGAGAGAGAAAGAGAGAGAGAGAGAGAGAACGAUAGAAAGAAAGGAAAAAAAACUUUGAUCCUCCAAUUCCCCCUCCCCCCAACUGGAAGGCUAGUGAUACCACGUGAACUAUGUUAGGCGUCUUGAAAUAAUCCUCUAAUACUUCGAUUCCUUCGUCUUCUAGUUUUGUCGUCAAUAAUUCUACUGGUUGAAUUAAUGUACGAUGACUGCCUUCGGUUUUACGAAGGGAAUACAGACCAAACACGCGUGCUGCAGCCUCUCGUCUAUCGAAAGGAUACGCCUCGCUUAACUUAUCAUCGUUUAACGAAUUAUCUUCACUAUCUAUAGCUGAUAAUUAAGAUUGUAAAUUAUGUAAGAUGGAUAAUUCGAGAGAUUUGUAUAUACGUGUAGAUUUAGUUCGUGGACAAUAAUGCAGUGAUAGAGUACAGAUACUAUAUUAUAAAUAUUAUAUAUAUAUAUAUAUAUGUAUGUGUGUAUACAUAUAAAUAUAUAUGCGAUCGUAUAUACGAAGGACAAACAGACUUUUGAACGUACAUAUAUAUAUACGCAUACACAUACAUAUAUAUUCGAAUAUUUGUUAAAACCUGAAUACGUGCAAGGAAGAACGAGAAAGUGAAAGAAUAGAUAAAAGAAAGAAAGGUUAAAAGACAAAGAAUAUUGCCAUUAUUUAUAAGUCAGAGAUCAUAUUUAAUGUAUAAAGAUGGUAUAAAAAGAGUGAAUAUAAAGAAUGCAACGAGAGAAAUAAAACUGAAUUCUACGUGAAAAAAAAAAAAAUAUUGCGUAUCUAUAAUACAUACAUUUCUUCGUCAUUUAUCCUCAUUUUCAUUUUCUUUUUAAACUUUCAGAUUUUUCGUUUUCUUUUUAAACUUUCUACUCUAUUCUCUUCUAUACCCUUCUGUUUCUCUUUCUUUUUUCUUUCACGAAUUUUCAUUUUCCGUCGUAGCUCAACCCGAUCCUUCUUAAAUUUCAUCCUUUUUGCGAAGGAGAAAUUUAUUGCAUUACAGAAGCUCUCUCUCUCUCUCUCUUUCUCUCUCUCUCUAAUUUUCUACGAUAUCCGUUCGUAUCCGACGACGUCGUCGGUCAAGUACACCGUUCAAAAAUUUACUCUCACCCCUUCGAUUCUUUACCCUCGCAUACACGCGCACACGCACGGACGCACCAACGCACGUAUACCCUUUACUCGAGAAGAGACAUUCGUUGUUUUUUUUUUCUUUUUUCUUACUCCUCGUCCACCCUUUCACGUCUUCUUUUUACACGUACGAACGAUUCCUCGAGCAUAUAUGAGAGAGAUCUUCGAUAUACGAUAUCACGUCCUUUUUCUUUCACACUUUCGAUCGUUUGAAAAAAAAGAAGAGGAACGAAAAAGAAGGAAAAGAAGAAGCGAGAGGAAAAGAGAAGGAAAGAAAGAGAAAGAGAAAAAGAGAACGAAAGAGACAGAGAAAGAGAGAAAGAGAGAUCGAAAGCACCACCGUGUUUCCUAUCGCUGCAAGGGGAAUUCAUAUUUUUUUGUCGCGAUUUAAAUCUGAAUGGCCCGUACAGCCCACGGUCUUCCCUCUCUCUCUCUUCUUUUUUUCUCGCUUACACAUGUAGAAACGCAUAGAAACACAUACACACGAAUAUAAACGUACAUACGCGGAUACAUACGUACAUACAUACGUACAUACAUACAUACGUACAAGUAGAUUGUAUGGUAGUGUAAUGUAAAAGUACGAACUCCCAUACGACGAUCGCAAGGGUAGAGAAUGGUUUAUAUUGAGGGGACUGCGUGAGAUCUGUAUUAGUACCUAUAGCCUCGGCACGAACCCGUGAUUCUCAUCCUUCUUAUCUCGUUCCCGAGAUCACUCUCGAACGGUAUCCUCUCUCUCCUUUCUCAUCUGUCGGAUGGAACAGAAUUUAAAGAAGGGAAGUACGCGUGCCUCUGAGAGAAAAAUAGGGAGAGAGGGAGAGAGAGAGAGAGGGGGGAGGAACAAAGUUAAAAAAGAAAUAAAUAAAUAAAAUAAGAUAUGAACGAUACUAAAGAAAAAUAACGCGUCGAUUUUCCAAUCCUUCUCUAACAUACAUAUAUAUGAAUUUCGUGAAAUUUUAAUUCUAAUUUUUCUCGUUAAUAUUUUUCCUCUUUGUCUUGUUCCUUUUUCUAUUUCAUUGAAACGAACUCGUAGAUAUUUGUGACGAUCGAUCGAUCGAUCGAUCGAUCUUCGAUACGGAAAGAGUCGCCAGAACUAAUAGAGAGAAAAAAAAAGAAAAGAAGAAAAAAGAAGAGAGAGAGAGAGAGAAAGAAUAAGAGAGAACGUUUAAAAAGAGGAAUUAAAAAAUCCAGGCAGCUCGAUUGGCGCCUACGAGCAUGAUUUUAUUGGCAUAAGCUUCUGGGCAUACCGAAACGCGGUGGCACCAACGUAGAACCGACAAUUUCGGACGCUUUGUCGUUGCCUAAUGGGAUUAUCUCGAGGAAAAUGAGAACCGCGUUGACACCCUGUAGCCGUGGGGGCCGUUCGUUCGUUGACGAGUAGACAACGGAACCAAGUAACCAUGAAGGGUCGCCACACGAACCGAACCGAACCGAUCCAAGCCAAUCCGUGUGCGCGCGAGAGCCAACCGGCGCUAACUAAUGUUUGCCCAAAGAAUCGUGACGUAUAAUUGAGUCAGUUUUGGAGUAGGGGUAACGAAAAGAGAGAGAGAGAGAGAGAGAGAGAGAGAGAGAGAGAGAGAGAGAGAGAGAGAGAGAGAGAGAGAGAGAGAUUGGAGAAAGAAAGAGGAAAUAGAAAAAAAUCAGCGUCAAACCAUUCGUCGAUCGCCAAUGGAAUAAUCGACUUUCGAGCAACGAAUUCGACGGACUCUCUCAUAUUUCUGUCCUUUUUUCCUUUUUUAUCUUUUUUAUCUCUCGUCGUUUUUUUCCCCCUAUCCACGAUUUUACCUCGUCAACUCGUACCGUAUCACAAAGUUAUCGAUAUCCAUUUUAUUAACGAACGAUUUAUUUAUAGGUUCACAGGAUUGAUAACGUUCCGUUAAUACGUACGCACGUUAACAGAUCUCUCGCGAUACUAACGAUAAACCAUAGACACGUUCACAGAUUAGAGCAGGAGCUUCGUGGAAGUCAUCUCGUCGACGUGCAGGAGUACGCGAGUAGUCCUGUCUCUGUCACUCUCUCUCUCUCUCUCUCUCUCUCUCUCUCUCAUUCUCUCAUUCUCUCUCUAUCUCUCACUGGCCAUGGUCGACGAUCGCGAGGACGAUGCUCUCGGAGGGUCCUAGAGUUAGGCAAUCAACGUUGAUGAGGGAUAGAGGAGGGGCGAGAAGGGCUCGGACAAUUAGUAACCAUCCUCCCAGUCCCGAUUUCCACGCGACCUCUCGUCCUCCUCUACUCUACUCUUCCUCCUGUGGACCACACUCCCUUCUACCUCUAACCCUUCGUUCAUCGGCCCUCCAGGACGACGACGACGACGACGACGACGACGACGACGACGACGGCGGCAGCAACGACGAUGACGACGACGCACCAACCGCAGUCGCUACGCAUGCGAAAGAGACAUAUACUCGAUUUGCCAGCAAUACGUCCUCCACACACGCUCUCCCUCCUUCUCCCACCCAUCCGUUUACCCUUCCGAGGAUUACUAUUCGUUCUCGAUCUUUCAUUUCUCGAGAUAGAUCGAACUAUCGUUCUACUUUCUUUCGCUACUUCCGAUCGCUCCAUUUUUGUUAUAUAGACCAACUUUUUUUAUAUAGACUGAGAAAUAUAUGCAUGUAUUAUUUUUAUAACGAUUUAUAUCUAGAUAGAUAUGUAUUAUAUAUGUGUAUAUAUAUAUAUAUAUAUAUGUGCCUAUGUAUGUAUAUACGUGCGUUUCUUAGAUCAAGGGAGAGUUUGAUCAAAGGAUCGACAAGAAAGUGAAUCCCCUUUCUUAUUCCUCCUUUGAAGAGAUCUUUGAUAGGUGAACAUUGAUGCUCUCGAGGAGAGACUAUUCUUAAGUCUUCUACCUUGCAACUAAUUGGCUCCUAUCUUACCCUCUCUCUAUCUCUUUCUUUUUCUCUCUCCAUUUCUCUGUUUCUCUGUUUCUCUGUCUCAUCACAAACGUGUCGAGGAUUACGCGGGUCCUUCGCGAAUGUCCUCCUCCGUGGACGAAGAGUCUCGAAGGAGACCGCGGAAAUAAUAAGCCGCUUUUCGAGUGGAUCUUACAAACGGGAGUUGAUCGACUCGCUAAAGUAAAUCUCCGAGAGCAACGCGAAGUAGUCUCGAGACUACUAAAGUAAGAGGAGAACGUCGUCUUCGAGAUCGCGGUGAGUAGGAGCUUGCAAGGUAAAGCUCGGAAUGAUACGAUAGCUUGAGAAGAGAAAUAAGAAAACGAAAAAGAAAAGAAAAAAUAGAGAAAAGAAGAAGAAGAAAAAAGAGGAGGAGGAGGAGGAGGAGGAGGUGAAGAGAGACAUUUAACGAGCUGUUUUGCAUCGCAAUGCUUCGACCUCGUUAUCGGCUAUCGAUCCGUCCUGCCGCGAUGCCAACGCGGAUUAAAGGGUACCUGCGGCGGCACUAGGGGGUGGGCGGUGCGUGCACCCUUGCAGUUCGCCACUUUCUUUGUGUAUAUUCGUGCG